GUUACUGGACGAGAUUCCGAAUGAUAAAACGACGGCAUUUACGUUUUGGGCCUUCGUUAUCAGAAUAUUUGAAGCCUUUUUCAGCGUGGUCAGUGUGAAUGCCUCGACUGCGAUCAUCUUCCAUUCUUAUCCACUCAGCGUUCAGAGCACCAUUAUGGGCAUAACAAAUAUGUUCUUUGGUGCGGGUUUAACCGCUGGACCGUUGCUAGGAGGCAUUUUAUACGACCUUGGCGGAUAUAAACUUCCAUUUUUCGUAAUUGGAGCAUUGAUUUUACUGUCAGUGCCAUUAAACUGCUUCGUUGUGGACAAAAAUAUUGACACUAUCAGGGAAACGAGUUCUGUGGUUGAGAUGUUCAAAACAGCUCCGGGAGUAUGCUUUCCAGCAAUGGCGAGAAUGACGACGGGGAUAGUGAAUUCGUUUAUUUUGCCAAUUCUAUCGUCGUAUUUAACUACCCAGGGCCUUCUAAGAUGGGCUAUUUUGAUUGGUCUAAUCGGAAUUAGUAUAGAUUGUUUUUUCUUGGGGCCAUGUCCGUGGUUCGAUAUUCCAAAUUAUUUAUGGCUACUGGCCCUCACCUUGUUUUUAAUUGGGUUCGGCGCUGCUGUAGGUGUGAUCGUCAUCGUUGACAUCAUGGAAAAAUGCAAAUCAAAUGGCAUGGAAGAAACGUUAGCGCUCGGUGCUUUGGUAUCCGGCGUGUAUUACUGCGCAUAUUUCCUUGGAACUGCCAUCGGACCAAUUCUUGGUGGCGCCUUCUACGCGCUUUGGGGAUGGGGGUGGACCACGACUGCAGCUGGAUUCAUCUGUAUAUUGACAAGUUUGAUCUACGCUGCGUACAUGAUCCACGAAACCAUCCGGGAAAAACGGAGAAAGGCCUAUGGAGAUCUGGAGGGACAGGAAGCCAUAACAAAAGAAUUCGAACUAAAUAACGACUUCGGCGAUGAAAAUGGAAAACUAAAUUACGGCCUCAACGAUGAAAAUGAGAAAGUCCCGAUCAGUAAAGCCUACCCGCAUUAUACGGAAGAGGAAUAAAUAUCACGUAGAACAAUUGGUUCAACAUUACCAAGGGGUAUUUUAUUUCACUCGAGAACGAGGCUGCUGAUGAACCACGUGAUUUGUUCUAUUCACAGUCACAUGUUCUUACAAUCUCUUUCCACAGGGAUUUGUGUGAUACGCAGCCUUCAAUUUCAAGUUUGUGUGGCCAUUUAUCUCACUACGCAUAAUCUUUUUCCCCAAAUCAUUUUACUUCAUAAGAAACUCACCUGCCUCAUCACGUUUUCGGAUUACAGUGCACCUUCAGCCCCAUACCGUUCAAGUUGGUCACUAUUUGGAUACACGUUCUCCGGC